UUUUUAAUUUUUCGGCUAAGCAAAUCGCCAUUUCUCAUCAUCUCCAUUUUCUUGUACUUCACUACGAAAAUUUCCUUUGAAAUUUUCAUAUUUUGCAUUGCCAUUACAGAGUUUUGAUGGCAUCUUUGAUCUGUAUGCCACGUAAGCCCUAGGAUCUGCAACUCUCGGUGGACCAGAGGCCGAAGGAUGGCUUUCAUGGCGGUUUUGGAGUCUGAUCUGCGUGCUCUCUCCGCUGAAGCUCGGAGAAAGUACCCAGCUGUUAAAGAUGGCGCAGAGCAUGCAAUUUUGAAGCUGCGCACAUUGUCAAAUCCUGGCGAGAUUGCACAAAAUGAGGAUAUAUUGCAGAUAUUCCUAAAGGCAUGCAAGGUUAAGACUGUAAAACUGAGUGUAAUUGGGCUUUCCUGUUUGCAAAAGCUCAUUUCGCAUGAUGCUGCUUCACCAUCUGCUCUUAAGGAGAUACUCUCAACUUUGAAAGAUCAUGCUGAAAUGGCAGAUGAAAGUGUUCAACUCAAAACACUACAAACCAUACUGAUCAUAUUCCAGUCGCGUUUGCACCCACAAGAUGAGGAUGACAUGGCUCAAGCACUUGGUAUCAUCCUCAGUCUCCUUGAGAACAGUCGGUCUCCAGAUAGUGUCCACAGCACUGCCGCAGCUACAUUCAGGCAGGCUGUCGCCUUGAUUUUUGAUAAUGUUAUUCGUGAGGAAUCACUUCCUGCUGGUAUCGCGGGUUAUGGAAAUCAUCUAUCUCGGACUAGAUCAGUCAGUGGUGAUGUGAGUCGCAGUAUAAAUCAUACAACGUUAUUUGAGGGUUAUACUGUUUCUGGUGUACCAUCAGCAAGGGAGAAUUUGACUGAUGCUGGAAAGCUUGGGCUUCAUCUGCUUGAAGACCUGACAGCUCUUGCUGCAGGUGGAUCUGUGAUCCGGUUGCGAGUCAUUGCUGUCCAGCGAACAUUUACUCUUGAUAUACUUGAGUUUGUUCUGUCAAAUUAUGUAUCUGUUUUUAGAGUUCUUUUGCCAUAUGAACAGGUUCUGCGUCACCAGAUCUGUUCUCUUCUUAUGACCUCUCUCCGUGCAAACACUGAGCUUGAAGGUGAAGCAGGAGAGCCCUCCUUCCGUCGCUUGGUCUUGCGUUCUGUUGCUCAUGUUAUCAGACUUUACAGUUCAUCUCUUAUUACAGAAUGUGAGGUUUUUCUCAAUAUGUUGGUCAAGAUUACUGCCCUCGAUCUGCCGCUAUGGCAUCGGAUUCUUGUUCUUGAAGUUCUGAGGGGCUUCUGUGUGGAAGCACGGACCUUGCGCCUCCUUUAUCAAAAUUUUGACAUGCAGCCCAAAAACAGUAGUGUUGUGGCCUCUAUUGUCGAAUCAUUGGCUCGAGUUGUUUCUAAUAUACAGGUCCCAGAUUCAAGUGAAGAGAGCCUUGCAGCUGUUGCAGGAAUGUUUAGCAGUAAAGCAAAAGGAGUUGAAUGGAGCUUGGAGACUGAUGCACCUAAUGCAGCUGUAGUGGUUGCUAGUGAAGCACAUGGAAUAACAUUGGCAGUUGAAGGGCUUCUUGGGGUUGUGUUUACUGUGGCUACUCUGACAGAUGAAGCAGUGGACAUUGGUGAGCUCGAAUCACCAAGAUGUGAGAGCGAUCCACGGGGGAAAUGCAUAGGAAACACUGCAGUGCUGUGCUUGUCAAUGGUUGAUUCUUUGUGGAUGACCAUCCUGAAUGCUCUAUCAUUGAUUCUGACAAGGUCUCAAGGAGAGGCUAUUGUAUUGGAGAUACUAAAAGGUUAUCAAGCCUUUACACAGGCAUGUGGAGUACUCCGUGCUGUAGAUCCUUUGAAUUGUUUUCUUGCAUCCCUCUGCAAAUUCACUAUCAGUACUCCUGGUGAACAGGACAAGAAAAGUGUUACUAGUGUUAUGCUGUCUCCUGGAUCAAAACGUCCUGAACAUGUAGUCGAACAGAGGGAUAACAUUGUCCUCACUCCGAAGAAUGUUCAGGCAUUGAGGACUCUUUUCAAUAUAGCACACCGGUUACACAAUGUAUUAGGCUCAUCCUGGGUGUUGGUACUGGAGACUCUGGCAGCUUUAGAUCGUGUAAUCCAUUCUCCACAUGCUACCACACAGGAAGUCUCUGCUACUGUUCCAAGGCUUACAAGAGAAAUGUCUGGUCAAUAUAGUGACUUCAACAUCCUUUCUUCUUUAAAUUCUAAGCUGUUUGAGAGUUCAGCGAUUAUGGACACAUUUGCGGUUAAGUCUCUUCUUUCUGCAUUACGAAUGCUAUCAAAUCAGUGCAUGAGAGGAAGCUUAAGCAGUUUUGGACAAAGCCCAGGUUCAAACUCAGGGGGCUACUUGCCUCCUGGAUCUAGUCAGCAAAUUGGAUGUAUCACAUUUUCAGUGGAAAGAAUGUUGGCUAUACUUAACAAUAAUCUGCAUAGAGUGGAGCCCUUGUGGGAUCAUAUUGUUGGCCAUCUUCUUGAGCUUGCAGAUGUUGCCAAAUCACAUGUACAGAGUAUUGCACUUGAUGCCCUAGAUCAAUCAAUUUGCGUUGUCUUGGGUUCUGAGAGAUUCCAAAGUGGUGAUUUAUCAAGACAGCAGCUAGACAAAACAGUGACAAUUGAUACAGAGUUGAGAACAUUCGAAUGGGAUGUGAUAUCACCCCUAAAGGUUCUGUACAUGUCUAGUCAAAUACUUGAUGUCCGUGCUGGAGCUUUAAGGAUAUUGUUGCAUGUUUUAGAGAGGCAUGGAGAAAAGUUGUACUGUAGUUGGCCAGGCAUCCUUGAAAUUUUGAGGUCUGUAGUAGAUGCUUCAGAAAAGGAUCUUAUUCCGUUAGGGUUCCAGAGUGUACGAGUGGUUAUGAAUGAUGGGCUCUCAACAAUGCCCACAGAUUGCCUUGACAUUUGUAUGGAAGUUACUGGUGCAUACAGUGCACAAAAAAGUGAUAUUAAUAUAAGCUUGACGGCAAUUAGUUUGCUGUGGACUGCUACUGAUUUUAUUGCUAGAGGCCUGAGUUGUUUGCCAACUGAGGACAGAGAAGCAGGUGGCCCACCUAUAGUUGAGUUACAAUUGGCUCAGAAAGAGCAUGAAACUCUUGGUGAACAGAGGAACGGUGGACAAACUAUUACCACUACUGACGAACUCCCGGAAAGGGAUUCCUUGAUGGUGAACAAAAUUGAUUGUGAUAGAUUGUUGUUUCUGGUGUUCUCUAUGCUCCAAAAGCUAGGGGCAGAUGAAAGACCAGAGGUCAGAAACUCUGCUAUUCGGACACUUUUCCAGAUACUAAGUAGCCAUGGACAGAAACUAUCUAGGGUUAAGUGGGAGGAUUGCCUAUGGAAAUAUGUUUUUCCUAUUGUUGACAGUGUUGCCCAUUUGGCGGCAUCUUCUUCUAGAGAUGAAUGGCAAGGGCAAGAAUUAGGAAUACGAGGGGGAAAAGCAGUCCACAUGCUUAUACAUCAUAGCCGUAAUACUGCUCAGAAACAAUGGGAUGAAACCAUUGUACUAGUCUUUAAUGGAAUAUCUCGUCUUCUCCGCACAUUCUUUCCUUUCCUUCAGAGCUUGAGCAAAUUCUGGAUAGGCUGGGAGUCUUUGAUUCUUUUCGUUAGAAGUAGCAUUGCAGGUGGUAGCAAAGAGGUUGCUCUAGCAGCUAUAAACUGUUUGCAGACAACCGUUCUUUCUCAUUGUUCAAAGGGAAACCUGCCAAUGCCAUACUUCAAAUCAGUUUUCGAUGUCUACGAACUUGUUCUUCAGAUGUCCUUAAAUUGUGAGAAUACCAUCCCAAGCAAGGUGAAGCAGGAGAUAUUGCACAGCCUUGGUGAUCUAUAUGUCCAAGCACAAAUUAUGUUUGACAAUGAUAUGUACUUGCAGUUACUUCAUAUAUUGCAUCUGGCAAUCAGUAUCAGUGAUAGCAUGGAGGCUGAUUCUGGGAACAUUCCAGCAGUCCAACGCACCAUGCUAGAGGUCCUUCCUGCCCUGCACCCGAACGAAAGAUUAUCUCCAAUGUGGUCACAUCUUCUGCGGCAGUUGUUAUGUUACCUUCCUGGAUCUGAAGCUUCUUUGCCUGUAAAAGCCAAAGGAAAUGAGCAAGCUGGAAGUAUACUAUGUUCAUCUGGAAAUCAACAUGAAUCUAGCAUUUUAGAAACACAUAAUGCGAAGGAUUUGAGAACUGCCCUUAAUGGAAGCCCCAAGGCAGAGAAGUUUGAUUCUUCCAUUGUUGCUUCUGGUAUUUCCUGUAAAAUCUCAAAAAUGCAGGUUUCACCGUCCUCCGCACCUAUGACUUAUGAUUCUACUGCUAGCAAUUCAAAUCAUUUGUUCGGUGAAAAGCUUAUACCUGUUCUUGUGGACCUAUUCCUACUUGCUCCUAGAGUUGAAAAGUGGAAGGCAUUCCCUGAAGUAAUACAAAGUCUUGGAAGGUGUAUGGCCACAAGAAGAGAUACUGCUGAUGGUUCUCUUUGGAGAUUAGCUGUCGAAGGAUUCAACCGUGUUCUUGUAGAUGACGUGAACUCUCUUCAUUUCGAUCACAAGAUUGAUCCCAGCAUCAGCAAGCCUAUGAGGACCCGCUGCUGGAAAGAAGUGGCAGAUGUGUAUGAGAUAUUUCUAGUGGGUUCGUGUGGGCGUGCUCUUCCUUCUGAUGUCCUUUCUUAUCCUACACUAAGGGCUGAUGAAACUCUCGAAACAACUGUUCUGAAUGUUCUAUGUGAUCAGAUUCUCAAGUCUAGUGUCGAUGCUCCUAAUGAAAUUUUGCAACGUUUAAUCUCAACAUUAGACCGCUGUGCGUCCAGGACAGUCUGUUUACCUGUUGAAAGUGUGGGGCUCUUGCCUUUUCAUUGUAGCAGAUUCUCCUUGGCUUGCUUACAGAAAAUAUUUUCGCUGUGCAGUUGUGAUCCUGGAACUGAUUGGCACUCUACCAGAACUGAAGUUGGGAAGUGUGCAAUCACUGUCCUGAUGAACAGAUGCGAGUUCAUGCUACAAAGGUUUCUGAUUGACGAGAAUGUCUUAGGUGAAGCUCCUGUACCCUCAGUGAGAGUGGUGGAGGUGGUCUUUGUGCUUCAAGAGCUUGCACGGCUCGUUAUUCAUCCAGCUAUGGCCUCUGUUCUUCCCUUGCCAGCAUAUGUGAGAGAGCGAGCAUCACAAGACAAGGACCGUGAGGGCUGUGCUCAUCUGCUUGUAAUAUUUCCAUCGCUCUGUGAGCUUGUUGUUUCAAGAGAAGCAAGAGUAAGAGAGCUGGUGCAAGUAUUACUAAGGCUAAUCACAAGGGAGCUGGGCUUGCAGAAGCUGAACCUAAGUGGUUAGAUGCUUUAACGAUGCGUGGGUCAACAUGAUCACUACAUGUUUCAGUCCCCAAAAAUUUCCAGUCUUUGUGGACUUCGAGCUCUCACUGUUCUUUUUUGAGGGAACCGUAUUCAUUUUCUUAUUUGUUUAUCUUUGCAUUUCUUGUAAAAUAUCAGUUCGAAUUGCCCACAAAUUUGUAUUUAAAAGCACUAGAUAGAAAGGAAAUGACUGUUGUAACCAUUUUUUUGAACUAAAAUUUCGUGUAUUAGUUGAAAAGUAUUUGUAUGAUUGAAAGCUGCUGACCAUGUCUGAGCAAUCUUGUCCAAA